UUUCGGCCGAUCAUGAGUACUAGUCCUCCUCCUCCGCCGCCGUCUGGCUCGCCCCCCGCCCAACCGGGGUCUCCUCCGUCCCGAGAUUCUGGAACUGUAUGGCAUCCCGCUAGGGAAUGGUUGGAAGAGGAAGAGGACGAGGAUGAUAUGGACUAUGAGCCGGAUGAAAUAGAGGCAGAAGAAGAAGAAGAAGCAGAGCUAGAUGCGGAAUUGUAUGAAGACGAGGAUGACAUUGAUGAUGCUGAUGAUCAUCGCUUCGACCCGGAAUUGCAUCUAGGUAAUAUACAUAUUGAAUUCGCCAUGGAUGAGUCGGACCAUGAGCAGCAGGGUGAGGAGCGUCACGAGGGAAGGCACAAUAGAGUUUCCGCAGCUCGAUUACUGAACCUUUUGGCUUCGAAUGGUCUACGCCAUAUUUUACAUUAUAACGGAUUACAUGAUGCCAACGUGGUAGAGGACGACGAGGAAGAAGAUUACGAGUUCGGAUUCUUCGGAUACCGGCGACGAGCACGACGAUCGGGAGGUCAGCAGUUCCCCAAGGUACCAAGCGAAGAGGGAGCGCAGCUCAUGGGUUCUGGUGAUUUCGGAUCCAACCCUCACUAUGUGGACAAAUUGAAGAGGCGCAAACAGGCCCUUGCGACGAAGAUAAUGUGGCGAGAACUGGGGGUGGAUGUGUCGGGGCCGCAGAGGAGGGAUAUGCAGUCGAUAACUCAGGGACUUAUUCCGGGCUCGGUGGCGGAUAAGAUCGUUCAUUUCGACUCGCGGUGCUACUCUGGACAGUUCUCAGACGAUGGGGAUUUCUUCUUCUGCUGCGCUCAGGACUUCAAGGUCAGGAUGUACGAUACGUCCAAUCCGUUCGAGUGGAAGUAUUACAAAACUGUGGACUACCCGUUUGGGCAGUGGACUAUCACCGACGCCAGUCUGAGUCCGGACAAUAAGUUCCUGGCGUACAGUUCGAUUCGGAACCUAGUCUGUCUUGCGCCCACGGAUCCAGCGGAUUCCUCUGACCCGGCUAUAUUGGAUUUGUCGUCGCUUUCAGGAAGGCGAGGCGGGCGUGGAUUGUAUGGCAAUUCUCAUUUCGGGAUCUGGUCGAUUCGAUUUUCGGGCGACGGUCGGGAAAUCGUGGCUGGCACAUCCGAUCAAUCGGUUAUUGUUUACGAUUUAGAAACGCGCCAGUCCGUCCUGCGGCUGCAGAACCACGAAGACGACGUGAACGCUGUUUGCUUCGGCGACAAGUCAUCUCCCCAUAUUCUUUAUUCGGGCUCGGACGAUACUACGCUGCGCGUGUGGGACCGACGCUCGAUGGGCGACGGGCGCGAGGCCGGUGUGUUCAUGGGUCAUACAGAAGGGUUAACUUAUGUUGACAGCAAGGGCGACGGGCGAUACGUACUAUCCAACGGCAAAGAUCAGUCGAUGAAGCUCUGGGAUUUGAGAAAGAUGAUGACGACAGCCAAGUUCGACACCAUUGAUGUUAACCGAUACACGACCGGUUUCGACUAUCGAUUUGAACCGUAUCCCGACGACUAUUACGAACCUCAUCCCCAUGACUGUUCGGUAGUAACGUUCCGGGGUCACCGCGUGCUCAAGACUCUCAUCCGCUGCCACUUUUCCCCUCCGGGCAGCACCAACUCGAGAUAUGUGUAUACGGGCAGUGAAGACGGUAAGGUAUAUGUAUAUAAUCUGGAUGCCACACUUGCAGGCACGAUUGAUGUAGGGCAAGCGACGGCCAACUCGCGGCCGCGCGAUCCGGAUAUCUUCGCCGCUGCAUACGAAAUCCGUAGCAGUCGCAGCGAUGUGAUGUGGAAGACAUGCGUUCGGGAUGCCAGCUGGCACCCGAACUCCCCUGUCUUGGCAGGUAAGUUAUCGCGGUUGAGUGGAUGAGAUUGAGCUAAUCUGAGGUUGUAGCAACGUCCUGGAAUGGUUGGGGAUUGUCCACUGGUACGUGCACACUGCAUACCUGGAAUGACGGGGUGGAUAGCGAUGAGGGCGAUCCACCGGUGGCAGGGAACUACGACAGCCGAUUGAACUCGGUUCGGGAAUUCAACUUAUUCAGGGAGAAGAUGAUGCAGAGCCGAAGUCGACCAGUCCAAAGAUCUGCAUUGGACGAUGAGUUACAUUAUGAGUUAUGGUGAUGAGAAUUUGGACGUAUACGCAGGCAGGUAACUGCAUUCCACUUUCUUUUUCCACUGCAUGACCGCCAUGGCGUUGGCUGGCUAGCUGAAUAUAAUUGAGGAUUGGCAAAGAGACUGGGAUAAGUAGAUAGUCAUAGAAUGUAAUUAGCUCGUUCGAGGAUGGGGUUAUCGAUAACGCGAUCACAUAUAGUCAAC